AUGAAGGUCGUGGGUCUGAUCAGCGGAGGGAAAGACAGUUGCUACAAUUUGAUGCAAUGCGUCGCCGCGGGGCACGAAAUCAUCGCCCUCGCAAACUUGGAACCCGAGCGACAAGGAGAAGAGGAUAGUUGGAUGUACCAGACGGUGGGAAGCGAAGGAGUGAGCCUGUAUGCCGACGCCAUGGCCCUACCUUUGUACCGGGGAAAAUUGCAAGGCACGGGGAUCCAAACUACGGAACACUAUACGGAAACCACAGGCGAUGAAGUCGAGGACCUCUAUCGCCUCCUACUAUCAGUCAAGGAAAAGGAAGGCGGCGUGGAGGCAGUGGCCUGUGGAGCCAUUCUCUCCAACUACCAGAGGGUCCGCGUCGAGGACGUGUGUGACCGGCUGGGAUUGAAAGUGCUGAGUUACCUGUGGCAAAGAGACCAAGAGGCACUGCUCGAAGAGAUGAUUACUUCGGGACUGAAAGCUGUGAUCAUCAAAGUGGCCUGCCUAGUGGCCUGUGGAGCCAUUCUCUCCAACUACCAGAGGGUCCGCGUCGAGGACGUGUGUGACCGGCUGGGAUUGAAAGUGCUGAGUUACCUGUGGCAAAGAGACCAAGAGGCACUGCUCGAAGAGAUGAUUACUUCGGGACUGAAAGCUGUGAUCAUCAAAGUGGCCUGCCUUGGCUUGUCUGAGGAACACCUCGGAAAAGAACUCAGUCAAGUCCAACCUCAUCUCCUGCGAUUGAAGGAGAAAUACGGCGUAAACGUAUGUGGGGAGGGCGGGGAGUACGAGACUUUCACCCUAGAUUGCCCGUUGUUCAAAAAAUCCAUUCGAAUAGAUUCUCACGAAGUGGUGAUGCAUUCUGACGACGCCUUUGCUCCAGUUGCAUACCUUCGCCUGAACCAUCUCUCGUUGGAAGAGAAAAGAACCGAUAUCCAAACUCACCUUAAGGUGCCAAGGCCGGAUGAUUUCCUUGAUACUCUCCUUCAAACAAGUUCAUCAUUGAAGCCUAAGACAGCGAACAAGGACUUGGAUGAACAGACUAUUUUCCAGCAUUCCCCCAAAAUAGGAGGGACAGAAAAUUUUCCGAUUGCUUGCGUCACUUCAGAGUUCCCCAUUGAAAGUGCACUCUCAGCUGUCAGAGAUCAUGUCAAGGAACGGGGAAUGGAGGUAGUGUCAGUGUGUAUGUAUAUCAAAGACAUGAGCUUGUAUGCAGAUUGGAAUGAUAUUUACAAGACCCACUUCCAAAUAGCCCCACCAGCAAGGGCAUGUGUGGCCGUGCCAUUGCCUAGGCGUCUCGAAGGCAUCUUGACUUUCACAUGUUGUCAUCAACCUUCUUCUCAUCUUCAUGUUCAAGCCAUUUCACAUUGGGCACCUGCUAAUAUUGGGCCAUACAGUCAAGCAAAAAUUGUGGAACCAGUGAUACAUCUCUCUGGGCAGAUAGGACUUGUACCUGGUAGCAUGGAAUUAGUGAGAGGAGGAGCUGAGACACAGAGCAAAUUGGCACUAAGACAUGUGUCCAGAGUCAUUGAAGUCCUCUGUCAUGGCAAGCUCUGUGAACCAGAACCCCUGGAUCAAGUGAUUUGGCUCCCAAGUCUGUCCACCAUGCUGGUAGUAGAUGAAGGAACCUUGACCUCUUGA